AUGAAGCCCCGCCGCCUGCUGCUGGCGUCCAGCCGAGCCCCCCACGUGACGGCCGCCGCUGCCUCCGCCCGGGAGGGCACCGCGGUGCUGCGCUACCAGUACGAGGCCUGCACCCUCGACCACAUCCUGGAGGAGGUCGCCCAAACACUCGGACAGAAGAAGGCGGAGGGCAUCGCGAUGCUCAUGCACAGCUCCGACAGCGAGAUAUUCGUGUGUUCUCCCGGCGAGAAGGUGCUAAGCGUGGAGAGCGUGCAGUCGGACGUGAGCAUGAGGGAGUUCCUUAGCCGCUUGGCGGGGCGACACCUGGACCCCGCGACCCCCGGCUGCCACAUAGUCUUCCUGGCUGCUGCCCCCGCCGCCUCCCCCGCCGGGCAUGGCGACCUCAUCUGCCGCCAGCUGCAGCUGCUGCUCGGGGUGACCGUGGGCAUGAGCAAGGACUUGCUAGGGAGCCCCGGGGAUCUCUUCUCCAGUGAUCUUUACCUGGACCCUCGCGUGCUGAGCGACAAGCUACAAGAGAGUGCCUAUGCUGACCAGCUGCAAGGCUACGAGAAGUUGCGCACCGUGGGCAAAGGGGCGUUCGGCGUGGCGGUGCUGUACCGGAGGACGGCGGACGACUCGCUGGUGGUGAUGAAGCAGGUGAACAUGACGGAGCUGACGGCGGCCGAGCGGCAGAUGGCGCUCAACGAGGUGCAGGUGUUGGCGCUGCUGCACCACCCCAACAUCAUCAGGUACCUGGGCAGCUUCGAGCUGGACGGCGUGCUGAUGAUCGAGAUGGAGUACGCGGACGGAGGGACGCUGGCCGAGCGGCUGGCCCAGGCGGAGAGUCGUCUCGGCGAGCUGGAGAUAGUCACCAUGUUCGGCCAGAUCGUGGCCGCCAUCCGCUACAUGCACGACCACAACAUCCUGCACAGGGACCUGAAAACUGCCAACGUCUUCCUCACCAAGGACAGCACCAUCAAAGUGGGUGACUUCGGCAUAUCGAAGAUGAUGACGACGCGCGGCCAGGCGCAGACCGUGCUCGGCACGCCGUACUACAUCAGCCCCGAGAUGUGCGAGGGCAAGCAGUACGACCAGAAGUCGGACAUCUGGGCGCUGGGCUGCAUCCUCUACGAGAUGGCGUGCCUGCAGAAGACCUUCGAGGGCUCCAACCUGCCGGCGCUCGUCAACAAGAUCAUGAAGGGGCAGUUCCAGCCCGUGAGCGGCGGCUACUCGGCCGGCCUCAGGCAGCUGGUGCACGACCUGCUGCAGCGAGAGCCCGUGUUCCGCCCCACGGCCGCCGAGCUGGCCGAGCGCCGCCUGCCCGCCCUGCUGCAGGCCCUGAAGGAGGGGCGCGAGCCCGAGGGCGCGCCCGCCCCCUCCAGGAACAGCAAACCAGAAAGGUCGGUGCUGUACGACCUGAGGGUGUUCGAGUCGCACGUGGCGCUGACCCCGGUGCCGCUGCCCCCGCGCAGCAAGGUCACCGACGUGGCGGCCAGCAACACGCACGUGCUGGCGCUCACUGCAGACAUGCUGGUGUACUCGUGGGGCGAGGGCUCGCGCGGCCAGCUGGGCCACGGAGACACCGUGCAGCACACGGCACAGCCGCGCUGCGUGGACGCCCUCAAGGGCAAGAGCAUCACCAGGGUCGGCGCGGGAGACGGCUACAGCGCCUUCGUCAGCGACUCGGGCAUGCUGAUGACGUGCGGGGACGGCACCUUCGGCUGCCUGGGCCACGGCGACUGGAACAACGUGCUGCGCCCCAAGCUCGUGGAGAGCCUGCUGAGCGUGGACGUGGCGGCCAUGAGCUGCGGCAGCCACCACGUGGCGGUGGUGAGCGUGGACGGCGAGCUGUUCGCCUGGGGCCGCGGCGACGGCGGCCGCCUGGGGCUGGGCCACCAGGACGACUGCUGCGCGCCCGCCCCCGUGGGCCUGCCCGGAGACCACGUGGUGCGCACGGUGCACUGCGGCGCGGAUGCCACGGCCGUCGUCACCACGGAGGGCGCGCUGCUGGCGUGCGGCCGCAACUCCUGCAACAAGCUGGGGCUGCACCGCGCGCCGCGCCUCUUCCCCCUCUGCCCGAGCAAGCAGGCGGAGGUGGGCAGGGCGCUGGAGCUGACGCGCGUGCGGCUGGGCGGGGCGCGCGCAGUCAGCGUCAGUCUGGGCGCCGACCACACGGCGGUGCUGACCGAGGCGGGCCAGGUGCUGACCCUGGGCCGCAACAGCGAGGCGCAGCUGGGGCGCGGCCACGCGCGGCCCUGCGCCCGCCCGGCGCUCGUGCGCGGCCUGGCCGACCAGCGCGCCACGAUGGUGCAAUGUGGGCCGACCUACACCGUAGCAGGAACCAUCGAGAAUGCAGUGUACUUCUGGGGUACUCGCUACAACACCAUCAACUAUCAGGACCUGCUCAAGAGCUCGCUGGUCGGCUACGAGGCGUCGGGAGCGUGGUCCAGCUACAACGCCAGCGGCAAGGCGCCCCAGGGUCCUCACGCGGCGCCCCAGUACUCCAACGUGUUCGCCGCGUCCGGCCCGCACGACAGCUUGCAGUCGGAGGUGGUCCUGGAGCCAGAGGAAGUACUGGCGCUGUACGCGUCGCCCGGCCAGCUGGCCAAGGGCGAGGCCGCGGUGCUGGCGGGGCUGCACCCCGCGCGCGCGGGCCUGCUGGUGCACGUGGACACCACGGUGCCGCUGGCGCGCGUGUACCCGCGGCAGGACCUGCAGUCCGGCUCCAGCGGCGACGACUCGGACUCGGACCUGCCGGGCGGGGGCUCCACGCGCGAGGCGGCGGAGUACGACAGCAUCGGCCCGAUCCCGGACUGGAUCAGAGCGGAGCUCGCUCAGUCGGAGGCUGCGUGGGUGGACCUCGACAGUCGCGGCGCCGGCAGGUGA